UGCGCUAGGGUUCUCGGGACAAUGGCUGGACCUCUGAUUUUCUUGGAGCUAGCGCUGCUGGCGGCAUUCUUGCCGCUUAUGUCAUCUGGGACAUCGUGUAAGUCUCUCGAUCCGGGGAUUGUGGAGUGGGAUUUCGCGGUAGCGGGCCAGAUCGGCGGCGAGGAACGAGAAGCCACGAUGAUUCUGGUCAAGAAUGGAUUGGUGUACACGCCAGAGCCGAUUGGAAAGGCUCACAUUCUGCUAGGUGGAGGAUCCGUUCUAGCUGUGUUCUCGGAGCAGCAGUUUCCAUGGAUCAACCUCACAGGGAUUCCUCUUCUCGAGGUGAUCGAUGUGGAGGGCGACAUUGUCGUGCCAGGUUUGAUUGAUAUGCACGUCCAUAUCACUGGUGGUGGUGGAGAGAUGGGACCUUCCAGUAGAACUCCGGAAGCUGGGCUAGCAGAGAUUCUAGAAGCCGGCAUCACUACGCUUGUGGGAGUCCUAGGCACCGAUUGUGUGUCGAGAAGCCUUGAGAACUUAAGAACAAAGGCCAAAGCCUUGCAAGAGGAAGGAAUAACAGCGUAUAUGUGGAGUGGCUGCUAUAGAGUACCAUCUCCAACUUUGACAGGCAACUUAGUAAGAGAUCUUCAGCUUAUCAACGAAGUAAUUGGCGCCGGAGAAAUUGCCAUCAGCGAUCAUCGUGGCAGCUGGCCGAGCACCGAGGAACUUUUACACCUUGUUUCUGACGCAAGAGUUGGAGGGAUGCUCUCGGGAAAAGCUGGAAUUGUUCACUUUCACGUUGGCAGUGCUUCUUCGCUGCUCGACCCUCUUUGGUCUGUUUUCAACGCGAGUAGAGAAGCUAUACCUCUCACGCAGAUGAUCCCAACUCAUGUUUCUCAUCGGGGACCAGAACUAGUGAAGGCUGCGGAAGUGUGGGUAAAAGCUGGAGGCCUUGUCGACUUUACCUCCGAUCAAGAAGGCGAGACUGCAUCUUAUGACGCUCUUAAAGACUGGGCGGACAGAGAUGUGCCUACCACUGCUGUUUCCAUUUCUUCUGACGCAUUUGGUUCUCUUCCAGUCUUUGACAGCAAAGGCAACCUUGUCAAGUAUGCGGUUGCCUCGCCUCUUGCAAAUCUAAACACAAUCAGGAGGCUAAUUCGAGAAGCCGAGUGGAAAGUUGAAAAUGCCAUCUCGUUAAGCACAAAGAAUCCAGCCAAGUUUCUUUCACUUUCUCACAAAGGUCAUUUAAGUCCUGGAAGCGACGGAGACGUUCUAGUGCUGGAUCAAAGCAGUCUGGACGUUAAGUAUGUAAUCGCGAAAGGAAGGCUACUACGCACCCCGAGCUGGACGAAAAAGGGACUUUUUGAGCAUUGAUAUGUUCACAGCCUUCCAAAAGGCAGAGAAAUCAGAUACAGCUUCUUAAGGAACUGCUCCUGAUCGAAGUAAACUUCAACACUCGUGAGCUUGAGCUCGCUAUUCACAGUAGCAACAGCAACUCCGAUGAUCUCGAC